CCACUGGAACAGUUUCUACAGGAACUGAAUACCGGACACUGCAGUCAGAAUCUCGUUACACCUGUUUGUCUCCACACCUGUCAGGUACUGUCGGCUGUCAGUGCUGCAACUUCCUGCUGUCAGCUCUCGAUAUUUCGCUCUGACAACUGACCAGUGUUUUGUGAAAGAAACAGACGUGAAAUUACUCUAUUCUAUCAGCUGUUUGUUUGACAAAGAAUGGAAAUAUCUGUAAGAUGCUUGUGGAAACAGCCUGCACAAGAUCUGAUUUUUGAACUAAUGUCAUUGUGUCUCUCAGUUUUCAACAAAACCCCCCAAUACUGUCAGCUGCUGUAAAAUCAUCCAUCAGAUCUACUAAUGUCACAGCAAGCUGAGGAAAUGUUUCUUCAAUGCUCAUAUUAGCUGAUGAGCCUCCACUGACAUUUAUGUGACAUGUUCACUUUGAAGAUUAUUGUUCUCUUUACUAUUAUUGUUCCACUUCACUAUGAUUUUUGCUGGUGUCGAUGUGCUGAUGCUGAAUAUGAGAUGAAUGGGCAAUGCUGUCCAAUGUGUGCUGCUGGAAAUCGUGUUUAUAGCCACUGCACAGAUGACACCAGCACAACUUGUGCUCCAUGCCCUGAAUUCACUUUCAUUGAUGAACCCAACGGCCUCUCAAAAUGCUUUGCCUGUACUGUGUGUGAUGCAAGUCGAGGGUUAAGAGUGAAAAAAGCCUGUAUUUGGUGGUCAGAUACUGUUUGUGAGCCACGGGAACAAUUCUACUGCAUUGAAAAAAAUAAAGGUAGCUGUAGAAACGCUGAGAAACACUCUGAAUGCAGCCCUGGACAAUAUAUCAAACAAGCAGGAACUCCCUCCACAGAUACAGUAUGUGCGGAUUGUGAAGCUGACACAUAUUCAAACGGCUCUUUUUCAUCCUGUUUACCACACACACAAUGUGAAGCUCUGGGACUCACUGAAACAACUCCAGGAACACGAUCAUCUGACCGUGAAUGUGGAAAUACUACUGCACGCAUUGCUAUUGGUGUUACAGUUACUUUAAUAAUAAUAAUUGCAGUAGUAAGUUUUACAACUGUACAUAUUCGAAAGAAGAGACGAUCUGGUAGAGGAACACAGGAAACAGGAAAUUAUUCCAAGGAAAAAGCCAGUAUGGUUGUUGGUGACUAUGUAAAUGCUGAGCCAAACAGAUUGGAAGAAGUCCUAACAAAUCGGGAAUCACUAUUGAUUCCAGUCACUAUUGAUUCCAGUCUAGAGACUCCUCAGAAAUGUCUCCAAAUCAGGGAGAAAAUCAAAUGAGCUAAACCUGAAAUUCCAAUCCAGCAAAAAGUAGAUAAAAACAAACAUUCUCUUGACAUUAGAAUUACAUCUGUAUUAUUUACUUUAUCAAGUAGUGGACAGAAAUGGAUAAUGCAAGACUUAUUUAGACUUUGUCUGAAUGACAAAAGAUUGAAUUUAAGAGUGGAACUAUCAAGGCGCCGCGUUUAACGGUCAUCACCAUCGUAAAUCCUGCAAAGUUUUUUUUAUAUUUUCAUUAAAAAAAAAAAAAUGUAUGUACAUUUAUAUCACUAUACUUUGUAUUAUAGUACCUUUGCAUUAAAUUACAAAUAAACCAGUUAACGCUGCUGUCAGAGUGUUUGUAAUA